AUGCAUAAGAAUCGAGGAUCAAUUGGAGAAUUACCUACUAUGCAAGAGGAUGUUGUUCUUUUAUCUAUGGCUGAUAAGGGGCUUUCAGUCCCGACAAGAAUGGUUUCCGAUCAAAGGUCCACCCAUGGAAGAGUUGAGGAGAGUUCAAGAACUAACAGUGACCCACCUGUUAGUGUAGAGAAUAUUGGCACUCAUGAUUACAUUCAAUGGGCAGUCGAGGAUGCCUCUAAUUUAGGUCAUGUAGAGAGGGUUUGCAAAAACAAAUUUGAUGCAAAUGAGAAGAUCACUAAUACAGCUGAGAAUGUUGAAGCUUCAAAAGAGCAACUCUUCAUGGCUACUUACAACAAUAUGACUGAUGAUGCACAAUGGCUGUUGGACAGUGGCAACUCGAAUCAUGUGACACCAAAUUCAUUGUUGUUCACUCAACUUGAUACAUGUUAUCAUUCUAGAGUGAAGAUUGGAAAUGGAAUGUACUUGAAUGUUGUUGGUAGACGAACAGUGGGCAUACAAACUCCAUCUAGUCAGAGGUAUGUUGAUGAUGUCCUUUUAGUUCCAGACAUACCACAUAACUUACUUGGUGUAGGACAGAUGAUCGAAAAACAUUAUACACUUGUUGACAGACCUGAAAAGCAACAUAUGAUUGGAGUGAAGUGGAUUUUCAUAAAUUUUCAUGGUACCUUAAACAAGUGCAAGGCAAGACUUGUUGCCAAGGGUUAUUCUCAGCUACUAAGUGUUGAUUUCCUGCAUACUUUUGCACUAGUAGCUAGAUAUGAAACCAUUCGAUUGCUAUUGGCUAUUUUAGUUGCAUUUGGUUGGAAAGAAUAUCAUUUUGAUGUUAGGUCAACCUUCCUGAAUGGUACACUACAAAUAGAGGUUUAUGUUGAGCUACCAAAAGGAUUCAAGAUUGAAUUAGAAACUGGUAAAGUUUACAAGUUGCAUAAGGCUUUGUAUGGAUUGAAGCAGGCUCCUCGCACCUAG